UCGCCAGAAGAACCCCAGAAGCAGAGUUCCACAGAGGAAACAAACAGAUUUCGUGUGUGCCAAAACCCCCAAACAAGUGACAACACAAAAUGAAGUGCUUUACAUCGAUUGCGCUGCUCGUUUGCCUGGCCGCCUGGACUCAUGCGGAACCUCCAGUGCCCCAGAACCAGUAUCUGCCCCCCAACCAGUCGCCGCAGGCGCCCUCCAACAACUACCUGCCACCCACGCAGGGCUUUCAGAGCCCCUCCAGCAACUACCUGCCGCCGCAACGCACUGGUGGAAAUGGAGGCGGCAUCGCGGCGCCCAGCAACAGCUACGGCGCCCCCAUUGCCCAGCCCCAGAGCCAGUAUGGAGCACCGGCUCUGACCGGAGCGAUCUUCAAGGGCCAGAACGGUAACGGAGCCGGCGGCUACGGCGGCGGCAACGGUAAUGGCAAUGGAUACGGACAGCGCGACGAGGAGCAGUACGGCCCGGCCAAGUACGAGUUCAAGUACGACGUGCAGGACUACGAGUCCGGCAACGACUUCGGCCACAUGGAGUCCCGCGAUGGCGACCUUGCCGUGGGCCGCUACUACGUCCUCCUGCCCGAUGGUCGCAAGCAGAUCGUUGAGUACGAGGCUGACCAGAACGGUUAUCGCCCCACCAUCCGCUACGAGCAGGUGGGCAACGGCAACGGCAAUGGUAACGGAAACGGAAAUGGCAACGGCCGCAAUGGCGGCGGCUACGACAGCAAUGCGCAGCAGGGCAAGUUCAACGGCUACUAGAGGGAAGCAGGAGGAGAGUAGAGAUGCCUUCUGUGUGUUACCGAGUUAAGUCGACCCCUAGCUAUACGAUCUACUUCGUGGGAUCGCUGGCAUAAUCCCUGGCCGAGUAUUAAGUCCGAUGCCAGGGGCAGCGGUUCCUCAACAGUUUGACAGUGACUGUCUUACUCCAUCUAUCUCUAUCCCGCUCGUCUCUAUAUCUAUCCCUCCCUCUAGUGGAGCGCCCGCCAUUUUUGCCAUAGCCAGGCGCGCUCCGUUCCCCCCUACCAGCUGUUCUGUUAUCUCCACCACUGUCUCUAUGCCACGUGCUCCAUUUUGUAUUUUUUGCCGUUUGUUUUGUUUAAGCGCCUCAAUUGUGUUAGUCCACGCACACACCGUCACACACCGCACACAAUCUCGAUCACAUCUAUGACCAUUAACGCAUUCACACAUUCAUAUAAAUAAGCAUUGUAUUUAAUUUUUAGCUGAGGAAUUCCCAAAACGAGAUGAGAAAAUGGAAAACAUGCAAAGGAAACGAACAUAUGAGAUUUCUUGUGUAUAUUUAAUAAUUAAACGAAUAAAGAUGCAUUUUUGUAUAAAA